UCUGAGUGACGUCAAGCAUCCAUUCAGAGCUUGCCAGAAGCUGAACAGCUGUGCCACAACAACCAUAGAAACAUCAGACACAAUCAAAUCCUUUUGCAAAAUCUUGGUUCAUUGAUUCCAAAGCAGAACCAAUAGUCCACAAAUAACAAUCAGUCAGCCCAACACCAUGGUGGUCCUCUCUGGUUCUUCACGCCUUGUUUUCUUGCUGCUGGCCCUCCUGGUAGCCCUGGCAAGUGCCUUUGUACCACGACAACCAUCCAAAGGGGUAUCUUUGGUGUCUCGGCAGGUAGCAGGGACCAAAAUCCCCCAUGAUAUUCGAAUUGUGUUUGAUGAUGAAGACGAGGAAGAUAACGAUACUGAAGAAGAAGAAGAUUCAGGAGACGCGCGCAAACGCCGUCGUGCUCGUUGGGAACAACUGGACCCCAAGUACCGUCAGUAUCUGAUGGAAAAGGGCCAACAACGGGCCAUUGCCAACAAGAAAAAGCGCGAACCCGUCAUGGAUAAGAAACGCAAACUCAUGAUGUUUGUCAAGGAACAACAACGCAACAAGAAAAAGGCAGCACGCAUUACUCGUCCCGUCCAACCGCAGGAUCGACGUCCAUUGGCGGAUAUCCCCAUUGGUAGCGAACAGACGGGUGUGGUAAUUAGUUUAACCAAUUUUGGAGCCUACGUCGAUAUUGGGACCGACUGCGAUGGAUUGCUCCAUGUCAGUCAACUCUCCACCGAUGUCUUUGUCGAGCAUCCCCGACAAAUCUUGACACCGGGACAAGAAAUUACGGUCCGUGUCCGAUCCACCAGUCCCGAACGCAAAAAGAUGCACUUGACCAUGUUACCCGAGGAAGUCUUGGAACAGGAAAAACGCGACAAUCCACAAGAUCGCAUCCCGUUGACCGAAAUCCAACUCGAUGAUGAAUUGUGGGGAGAACUCAAACGCGUCACGGAUUUUGGUGCCUACGUUGAAGUGGGAGCCGUCGUCGAUGGAUGGUGCCACUUUAUGGAUCAUCCCUCGUGGGAUGGAACCGCUCAUCCGUCUCAAUUCAUGAAACGGGGAGAUCGUGUACGCGUCUGGGUUGCCGAUGUCGAUCGGACGCAAAAGAGACUCAAACUCACCGCCAAUCGACCCAAGCAUUUGCCUGGGCCCAAACGAGAGUUGUAUUAAUAAUUAGUACUGGUACUGGAAACACACAACAAUACAAAGGUGGUUGUUGGGGAGAAAAGAAUCGCAGAUGGCUGGCGGAUCGAAAAAGCCGGAACGCGGUGCGGUAAGAUGAGAAUGGUCACCAAACACUCACAAGAGAAUAAAUAAUGAAAACCAAUUUGCACAAAUGGAAUCGUCAUGGCAGAAGAAUAGUCUUGGCCUUCGAAAGGAUUAUACUUAUUCAACUUUGACAAUCAAAAGGCUAUCGGCGGAAUAGCAAAGCAUUGCUAGCUAGCUAGGGACCGAUCUGUUUUUGGGCACGAUGGAUCGUGUCGACCCGGU